AUGGAGAUGAUAGACCGGGAGAAAGCCUACAUCCCUAAACUGCAAAUCAGCUUCAAGGGGCCUUGCCCAUCUACAGGUGCAUGCGACCUUUUCCCCAAGUUUGCUGAACUGGAGGAGUGCGUGGCAACCAACCGUGAGCAGUGGAUCAAGUUGUUGCACAAGUUCACGCUGCAUGGGCUGCCCAGCAACAGCUCUCUGGACUUCCUGGAUGAAGAGUUUCCUUGCAGCUCACCCCAAACCUGGGAGAUGGAGCUGCCUCACGUGGCCAUGAAUGCCGCCCUUUGGGUCCAGAUCCUGUGGCAAACCUCUCAGGUGGAAAGCAGGAUGAAGGAGAUCACCAUGGGGUACGAUGCUUUCGAUGACCAGUAUAAAGGAUGUGAAAACAAAAUGGAUUCAAUAGCACCCCAACUCCUGGAAGACGAAAUGAGAAUCAACCCAGUCCUCAAUUUCACCUGGCCCAAAGCACUGACCAAGUGGCAGAAAGAGAUCAAGAAGAAAGUGUCUCCCUUUCUGCCCUCAGUCUUCAGGGAGGAGUACGGCAUAGCGGUCCUGAUAUACACCGAUAACAACUUUUAUAAAGACUUCAACCAGGCUGUGCGGACAAAUGGGACAUCUCUGGAGUACUACAAGAAUAAUUUUCGGUAUAAAGCUGUCCACUACUACCUGACCAGGGCUCUGCAGCUCCUGCCUAAGGUCAAAUGCCCCACGCAACUUCAUCGGGGCUCUAAGAUCAAAUUCACUUACAACGGGACUGGCCUCAUGCGCUUCGGGCAGUUCGGCUCCACAUCCCAGAAUCCUUCCAUAAGUAGGAAUUAUGGUACGAACAGCCUCUACACCAUCCAUUCCUGCUUUGGGGUGGAUAUCCAAAAUUUCUCUUAUUAUGAUGAACAGGAGGUGCUGAUUCCUGUGAAUGAAGUCUUCAGCAUCACUCGAGGGAAAGAGAACAGCCAUUUCAUCCUCAACUCAAAGAAGACUUUAGCCUGUUUCAACUGUGCCUAUGAAGGAUAUGAGAAAGAUGCCAGUUGCAGUUCAGCACCCAGCAUGGUGGACUCCAGCCCUCUGACCCUGCUGCUGCUUCUCUCAGGGCUCCUCGUCCUGCUCUCCAACUUCGGGCUGGACCCUCCGACCUCCCGCGUGUGA